GAAUAAGUAAGCAUACCAAAUUCGACAUCCUUAAUGUCCUGCACACAAGCUGGAGGGGGAGUUCAAGGUUAUAUUAAUCUAGAUAUGUUUCCAUGCAUCCUGUUGACUACAAUGAGCCAUGGUUUCAUGGAGUUUUUUUUUUACAAAACCUUAUAUUUUAUGUACAUCUAUUAAUUUUUCUAUUCUUGUGUUAAACAUGUUGUUGUUAAAUAUGUAACAUCAGAAUUAUUUAAGGUAAAAAUACUUGAUAAAAUAUACAUACAUGUUAACAUAGUGCCCGUUCUUGAUAAAAUCCAUGAAACAUUUUUCAAGCUAAAUUCAAAAGUAUUUGUAGAAAAUUUUAGUGUUAUCAGUUAAAAAAUGCAUAAAACAAACACCAUUCAGUGUUAGUGUUAGAACCCUGAAUCCAUGAAGCACCACUCACUCUCUAAUCCUAAUCCUAAGAGACUCUAACACAUGAAUAACAUUGUGUAAGGUAAAACACUGGGCCUCCUCAGACACACGAAAAAAUCGUCGCUUCGAAUUUCGCUUUGUUUUUCGCUUAUCGAUAGCAUUGCCAAAAUUAUGAAAAUUGCAAAAUUUUGUUGAGACUUCAACUAACCGACCUUAACCCCACUUCUGAGUGGAGUUUUUGGUCGCUUAUCCGAGAGCUCGCUUAUCAUGAAGUAAGCGAAAAACGAAGCGAAAUUCUAAGCGACGAUAUUUUCGUGUGUCUGAGGAGGCCCACUGUCAUGAGAGUAAGCUCAACGGGUUUGAUGAACUUGGUUCAUGGGAUUUGAUGGAUACAGAAUUGCAAUGUAGGAGCAAGUUGGAUAUAAAUUUGCGCAGUAGUUUUCCAGCUCGUUCCGGCUGAUGGUACCAAUUUCCACCGUAAUCAAUUGAUUUCCUGGAAGUACGUACGUAAAAUUUCGCAAUAACAAACUUGCGCAACUUAAAACAUUAAACAAAAUCUCAUACUUUGUGUUAAAAAAUUGCCCUUAAAAUUCUAAAUAUUUGUAACUUCGCCCCCGUGAAAUUUAUAAUUCUCGGAAGUAUGUUGGCUUCCGUCUUAGCUGCUGGGUUGGACACCCUGAUUACGGGGAACAAUAGCAACUCUAAAAUAAGUGGGGACAACAAUUCGGGAAAUGUCGAGGGGAAUUCGAACACGAAAUUAUUCAGUGAAUCGUCUAAACUAAGCAUUUUCAAUAAUUCAAAUUCUAACCUAAACUUUGCCAAUGUUUCUGCAAAAUUGACCAACUCGAGUAACAGUCAUGUUACUUGGAAAAAUGGAGACCUGAAUGUGGACAAUUGCUCUAAUUCAGAGCUUAAUGGCGACCUGGUCGACGGGAAAUGCAACUUUAGCUCGAAUUCAAAUUUUAAAUUUGUUGGAAAGGGUGCAGUUUCCUGUGAAUUUAAGGAAAAUUCAAAUACGGAUGCAACCCUUUCGGAAGGCGGAUCUGUCAAGGCGGUGGAUAAUUCUAACCUGAAAAUCAGUGGGGGCAGUCAAAAUCUGGUUGUCGAGGGGACAUCAAACCUGCAUAUCCGAAGCACUCCGUUUCGUAAUCGAUUUCAAGUCGUGCAGCGAAACAAUUGGUUCAAUUGGCUCCCGAGUUUUGGACGAUCAGCGUCAUCCGAAUCUAAGGUUGAACAUCUCACGUACGAGUUGGAUUAUGCAAAGACAGGAAAAAUUAUUGGAUCUAAAUAUUCGGCGGGGGAUUUUUCCUUUGACGUGACCACCUCCAAAGAUGAGGUCAAAGUUCAGCUCAGCCCGGAUGGAAACCCGAGGGAUGUCAGGAUUGAUAAGGUUAACGGGAAAAGCGUGCUAUUUUCGGGAACGGGGGCGGAUGGAAAUCGCCAAGAGUUGGAGAUUCAAGGACCCAAAACCGUUUCCGUGAAGGAUGAUGAGAAAACCGUGGUGAUAAAUUUGUGUGAUAUGGCUGGCCUGUAAUUUCAAUAUUUCAAAUAUUUAAUUCACGGUAACGGGUAGCACUUUGCUACGAUUAGAAGUAUUUAGCUUUACAUGUACCUCAUAUGCAUUGCAAAAUAAAUAACGGACUACAUGAUACUAAAACAGAUAAA